AUGAUCCAAGGCAUCUUCUAUGCUAGGUUCUUCCCCAGGGAGGGCCCACACAUCGUGGCCCAGUCGCCGCCGGGCUGCAUCACGGCCUCCUCCGGCGCGGCGACGGCGAAGCCGCCACUGAUUGACUGGGACGUAAUGCAGGAGUACAUCGUGCCGCGCAAGGCCUUCUUCAACCGGUACAUGACGGUACAGGACCCGGAGGGCAAGUACGCCGUGCUGGGCUUCCCCGUGCUGAUCCCGCACCAAAAGUACCAGCGCAACGAGUUCAUCUUUAAUUUCGGACUCGUGCUGGACGUCGAUGCGGACCUGGCGCAGUACGAGCCAGUCGUGAGGCGGUUGGCCGUCACCUUCAAAGAGAUGGAGAAGCAGAACGAGUAUCUCAGCCAGGAGGACGGUGGCGGGAACGGCGGAGGGGAGAGAAGGCCGAUCGAGAGUCUAUUAGAGAUUGUCAAGGAGGAUCUGAACAACUAUGGCGAGUGCAUGAUUCCCGUCGACGACGCAAAUACGAUCAAUAUGAAGCUCUUCCCGCACCACGCCAGCCCACCCCAAGUCCGGGGCUGGCACGUCCCCGUCGCCAAGAUGAAGUUCGCCGAGAUCGUCGAUCAGACCUGGGACCUGACGAUGCAAAAGGUCGUCGCUCAUAUUGACGGCGUCAACGACGUCCGCCGCAUCGCCUGGCUCGCUGACGUCUCGCUCGACCUGGCCACCCUCGCCCUUCGUCACCUUCUCUACUACGACACCGUCCUGCUGCUCGACAUGUUUUUCUUCGGGUCCUGCUACGCGCCGCGCCCGGGCAUCCACGACUUCGUCGCCGACCGCGACGGCAUCGUCGACGAGUGCGCCGCCUACGUGUGCAUCCAUGCCCGCCAACGCGUGAGCAGCUUCAUGCUCAUCAAGCUGAUGACGAGCUUCUGCGUCGGUAAGAGCGUCAUGGAGUGGCUGCGGGCACACCAGGAAGCCGGCUUCGACGUGCUGCGGUACGUCGACGUCAGGAGGCUGGUGCAGUUCGGUGUCAUCAAGGGGUGUCUAUACCGCGUGCACAAGUACGUCGUCUCGAAGCAGUACCUGGCGGCGCUGGCGACGGGCCAGGCCCGGCCUAAGGCUGGCGGCGACCCACUGCAGCAGUACACAGACGGGUGUCACCCGUUUGACCAGAUCAUCACGGAGAAGAACCUCACGGACGGCGAGAUUAUGGAGAAGCUCAAGAGCCUGCCGGUACCGAGCGGGGACCUGACGGUGUUUUAUCGCUGA